ACUACAUAUCCAACCUAACCUUAAAAAUUAUAAACAUUCAGGAUAACGGAUAAUUUAGUUCUCUCUCAUUUUUCCUAUUUUUCAUCAUUUUCUCCAAAUCGACGAAAUUAAAAAUAUUUGACAUUCCUGUUUAUGUAUUAAGUGAUAAAACUAUUGAUAUAUUUACAUUUUUAUUUGAAAGUCGAGGUUAAAUAAAUCAAGAUUGCAAAAAUGGCAUCAGCUAUGGAUAUUGAUGAUGAAGAAGUAGAUUUACCUUCAUCUAGCAGUGGAAAAGGAGAAAAGAAACGCUUUGAAGUUAAAAAGUGGAAUGCAGUCGCACUCUGGGCUUGGGAUAUCGUUGUUGAUAACUGCGCAAUUUGUCGUAAUCACAUAAUGGACCUUUGCAUUGAAUGUCAAGCAAAUCAAGCUUCUGCUACUAGCGAAGAAUGCACAGUUGCUUGGGGAGUUUGCAACCACGCAUUUCACUUUCACUGUAUUUCCCGUUGGCUGAAGACGCGACAAGUUUGCCCCUUAGACAAUCGUGAAUGGGAAUUCCAAAAAUAUGGUCACUAGUCAACUUCUUGGACAACUGGGAUGAAAAGAACUUUAAAAGUCUACUCAUCUUAAUGUAUAAUCGAAAGGUUAAUCUAUCUUUUUUUUUAAAUUAAAGUUUAAAAUACAUUGUAAAGAUCAAGCGUUUUUUGCUUUUUGAAAAUUUAAUCUUUUUUUAUCUCAAAAUAAUUCUCUCACAUUAUUGACUCAUUUGUUUUUAGAAAAAAAAUAAAUAAUUGUAUGAAAUAAUAA